GAUUUUGUGGAUAAGAUUCAAUUCCUUUAGUUUGUUUUGUUGUAAUCUUUGAUUUAAACAAUACCUUUUUUUGAAAAAUGUUAAAAAUGUUUAAUAUUUUAUUUACCACUUUAUUAAUCAUAAUUAGGCACUCUUUUUGCUAAUUGAUAAAUAGUUCUCAUAUUUGAGAAACCUCAUAAAUAUGGGAGGCUCGUUUCUGCAAAACGGAGGCUAAUGGCGUCCUUGGGUACCUUGUCAGGUAGAAGAAUAGAAAAGGGAAUUAUUCAUGUUUUAUCAAUAGUUCAAUUCAUCUUUCAUGGUUCCCUUUCACACAUUUCUUAGUAGCACACGUGAAAGAAUUGUACACUGUACACUGUACAAUACUAAUAACAAUUGAUUUUUAUGAAGAUUAGAACAAUAUAAAAAUGUCGUCAUCUUACAAAGUGGCGUUUCUGCCCAUGAGAGAAGGAACUCGCACCAGAGUUUGGAAAGAAGGAUUUGACCAGAGGGUUGGAAGAAAACAGGACGGAUUUAAACAUCAAAAAAUAGAGUGGGACAUAGAGACAGAGAGAAUGGAAGAAAAAAAGUUUCUGGAUGAUGAUAAAAAGUUUGAAUUCCUAGUUUUACCAACCACCAGACUUGAGAAGAAAAGAAAGAUUCUUGAGAGAACUUAUGAGAAGGUUGAGAUUAAAAACAGAAAAAAAUCUAUAGACAAGUUUAGAAAGCAGUUGUCGGCUGAAAAUGCUGUAGAAAUUGCAUUGAAAAAUCAGAAUGAAUAUGAGAAGAACAAAGCUAGAAAUUAUAAAACAAAUAUUCAAUUUCCAACACCAUUAUCAACAGUGCGAAAAAGAGUAUUCUCUGGAAAGUGUGAAAGUAGACAACAACCUGCUGCUGGGGCAUUAAGGAUAAAAUCUGGCUGCAGGGAAGAACCCGAGUAUAAGUUUGGGAAGGAAGAAAACAAAUUUAUAAACAGGACUUUGGACCUUCCAGCAGAUGUAUUGGAAAAAAUGAAGAAUUUGUCAACGUAGGAAUAUCAUAUUGCACAGUCACACAGAGGAACCAGAAUGUUUUCACAGAGCUGAUACCUAUAUGGAAACUUCCUGACUUAUUAGUUAUUUGAAUAUAUAUGCUAAUUGUGGCCGUUUUGUAUAAAAAAAGUCAGUUUUUCACUUAAAAAUGAGAAAAAAGAAACGUAAAUAACUUUGUGGAUCAAUUUUCAAUUUGCAACCUGAUAAUGAAAAAUUGAGUGUCUUUACUUGAAAAAUGGAAAUUAUGAAAUUUGACAAACUCUCGAUAAAUAUAGAAUUACAAAACAUUUAAACCCGUUUUUUUAAAGGUUGAAAAGAAUUAAUACAUAUUACAAUCUUUAUAAAUAAUUUCUGACUAUUUGUAUGUUGUAUAGUACAUCUAAAAAUUAUUUCUUUGCUUUUCUAUACAGUUUUAAACAUCAAAUUCAAUAUUUUGAUAUUCUUGAAACAAAACUGUGCUUACAACUCUGUGACUACAGAAUAAUUCUCUUCUCUUAGUUCCAAUAUAUCUGUUUGUCUGAAAUGUGUCUUAUUCUUGUAAAUUUAAAAUCAGUUUAAAAAACAAGUAUUCCUGCAAUAAGAAAUAUUAA